GGCAACACUGUUAUUUGACAACAAGUCAACAACAAAUAAAAACAAAACAUGGCUGCGACUUGUAUUUUGUUGAAAUUUUGAAUAAUAACAAAACUAAGAAAAAAGUGUCAUUCCUCUAUAUUGUAAAGAAAGAAAUAAAAAAGAAAAGGAAAAUGUACCUCGGUGCUAAUUUACGAAUACGGAAACUCGGACUAUGUGUAAUUGGGGGACUUUUAAUUUUAGUUUAUCUUUAUUCUGUUCGUACAUCGACAAAUAUUGCAAAAAAUACAAUAUCUAUGAAGCAAUUACUUGCGGGUGCAAUUAGAGCAGCAGAAAUGGGAGGUUUAGAAAUAAUUGCCGUUCAUAACAAUAUGCGAUUGAAUAUUGAGAGUAAAGGAAAAACGAAAGAAGGUGUUAAUGAUCCGGUGACAGCCGCUGAUUAUAGAUCACACUGUGCUAUGUAUAAUGCACUGACAACGGCAUUUCCCAAAUUGACUGUUAUAUCUGAAGAAAAAUCUAAAGAAUGCGACAAAGUUAAUGUUUCCGAUUUGAAAGAUUCGUUGAAAAAUUUACAGGAUUUUAAUUUCGAUGAUUCGUUUGUUAAUGUUAAUGAUGUUACCAUAUGGAUCGAUCCUUUGGACGCCACUAAAGAAUUUACAGAAAAUUUAUUACAAUACGUCACAACAAUGGUUUGCAUUUCCGUAAAGAAGGAACCAGUUAUUGGAGUGAUACAUAAACCUUUUGAAUCAAAAUCAACAUAUUGGGCUUGGGUUGGUCAUGGAUCUUCACCUAAUCUGAAUAAUCACGUUUUGCCAGAAGAUAUUAAAAUUCCAGUGCUGAUUGUUUCGAGAUCACAUGCCGGAAUAAUUCAAAAUGCUUCCAGAUUGGCUUUUGGGGAUAAUGUCCAAAUUGUUUCAGCUGCCGGAGCAGGUUACAAAGCUUUGGAAGUUGCCGCUGGAAAUGUGACCGCGUACGUUCAUAUGACAGCAAUUAAAAAAUGGGACAUUUGUGCGUGUGCUGCUAUUAUUAGGGCUCUCGGUGGGACAAUGACACCCUUAUUAAGCUCUGGUAGAAUUUCCUUCGGAUCAAAUGAUCCAACUGUACUGAAUACCGGCGUACUGGCAACUAUGAAAGAUCACAAUUGGUAUUUGGAUAAAUUUUCUAACGUCUAAAAACUCUAAACAUAUCGAGACAAACAAAAAAAAAAUGUUGAAUAACUGUAUAAAUGUCACUGCUGUGAAUCAGAAUUUUCAAAUAUUUUCGGGCCCAAUACAAAUAAUCACUAGCUUAAAAGAUUUUUUAAAAAAUCAUUUUUAAAGAAAAAUCUUUUUUUAAAAAAAAUGUCAAUCUAGAAAGAAGUUUAUCCAUACUUCUUGAAUCAUAAAUCAAUUUUAUUAGUUCUUCCAAUUCAAAUAAAUAAUAUAGUUAAGUUUUUAGUAAAGAAUCUCCUUAAAAUUUUAAAGAGAAGGUUAAAUUUAUGUAAAGAGAAACAAAUUUACAAUAUUUUCUCUUUCAUUAAAAAGAAAUAAUGUUAGAAACAAUUAGUAGAAACAAUUUUACUGUAGUUUUCAGCUAGUCAUUAUAGUUAGUGGACAUUUUUACAAUAUUUUUAUUUAAACAAGAAGAAUGUUUUAGAAUGUUUAACGAAAAUAUUUCUUACAGUAAUUUAUUAUAUACAAUUUAUUAGGUAGAUUUUAGAUUGUUUGAUAUACGACUAUAUUGUUUACAUAAUUUUAUAAAAUUGAAUUUUUAUGAAAAGAAAAUCACAUAGGGUGAAGGUGUAAUUUUUUUUUAUCGAGUAAAGUUUUUGUUCUAUAUACAUUUUUACUGUGUAAAUAUAGUUCUUUAAAAUCUCUCUUGUAAACAUUUCUCAAAGAAUUUUAUACAUUUAUUACAAUAAUAAUGAUAACAAUAAUAAUAUAAUAGGAAUAAUAAUAAUAAUAAUAAUUAUUGUUAUUAUCAUUAUUAAUAUUAUUACUAUUAACAUUAUUAUUAUAAUUAUUAUUAAUUAAAUUAUUAUUAUAUUAUUGUUAUUUAAAUUUAAAAGAACUAUGUAAUAAAUUAUCAGAACAGUUUGUUUAUUGUCUUUAUUGUUAAAAGCGUAUAUUUCUAUUAUUGUUAUUAAUUUAUUAAACAAAAACUAUGUAUAUAGUACGUAUAUAAUUUUCUUUUUCAAAUUUACAAUAUAUUUUUACUUUCAAGAGUCUUGGAUGUUUUGAGACUAUAAAUAAUUAUAUCUCCGUCGUCAUUUCUCUAGAAUAAUAUUUAUCAUUACUGGUUCUAGCGGAAAUAAUAUAUCUCAGAUGUAUAACCUCAAAAAUUGAAAUAUACAAACUGUUUUUAAAU